AUGACGGCCGCUGCGAGCGGCGGGGCGUCGCCGUCCGCGGAGGUGCCUUGGGAGGAGGCCGAGCGGUUCGUCAACGCGUGGGUCGAGCAGCAGGACUUCACCGUCACCAACGUCGCGGCCGGCCUCGCCCCGCAGGACGCCAUCGUCGUGGACGUCGACACCUUGCUCACGCUCGCCGUCAGCGCCAGCGGCUGGCAUGAGUGCUUCUCCCGGGCUGCUGCCUUCGGGGCAGAUGACAAGGACGGCCUGCCCCGCCUGCGCGCGUUCCAGCCGCUGGCGGUCGUCUACGAGGCCGAGCGCAUCCUCUGGAGCCUCACCGAGGCCACGGUGUGCAAGCUCCACCUCGUGUCGUGCAGCGCCCACGACGCGCUGUACGCCACGGUCCCGCUGCUCCAGGCCACGCGCCGCGCGCUCCUCGCGCACCUGCACGCCGUGGUGCGCAGCGCCGCGUCCUGCGCCCCCGAGGACCCCGAGCGCGUGCGCAUCCACGCGCCCAUCUCCGACGGCCUCGGCCCCGCGUGGCGCGGCCUGCUGAACGACGUCGCGGCGCCGCUGGUGGUCAUGGACGACCUGACCUUCCUCGAGGGGAGCGGGAGCGCCGAGGUCGCGCGCCUGCACUUCCUGCGCGCGAUCCAGAUGAUGGCCGCCGUCGCCAUCGACGUCAAGGUCGCGCGCGUGUCCCCGCGGGCCAUCGACAUUGGCACCACGACCGGCAUCGUGGCCGAACAGUCCAUCCGCGCGUGGCAGCACCGCAACAAGUACGCCAUCGAGCGCAGCGAGGCGGAGAAGCGCGAGUACGUCGACGUGCACGCCGAGCUCCACGGCGGCGCGCUUGCGUGGGCCGCCCGCGUGCUCGAGGGCGCGGCUGGCGGGGUGCCGGCCGACCUGCAGGGCGCCGCCGCGGACGCCAUGUCGCGCGCGCAGCCGCCCGCCGCGCACUCGGGCCGCGCGCUCGCGGCGGUGGGCCUCGCGGCGGCCGCGGCCAUGCGGCGCUGGAGCGAGGGGCCGCUCGGCGACGCGGGCGCGGACGCCGGCGCGCUCGAGGCCGGCGGCGCGCUGCUGUUCCGCGCGCUCGCCGCGCCCCUGGGGGCCGCGUUCGCGGCGGUGGUGGCCGACGUGGCGCUGGGCGGCGCCUCGAAGCUGCUGGCCGCGAGCGGGGGCGCGAAGGACUUCCUGGCGGGCUGCGGCGACGUGCUGGACGGGCGCGUCCUGCACCGGCUGCUCGUCGGCAGCCUCGAGCUCACCGACGCCGAGAGCGCGGCGGCGGCACAGCUGCUCAAGGGCGCGGGGCUCGUCGCGCAGCUCCCGCAGGACCUGCGCGGCGUGCGCGACGCCGUGGUGCAGCUCGGGCGGUCGGUGGCGCCCUCGACGCAGAUCUACCCCGCGGCGGCCGACAUGGCGGACGCCGACCACCAGGCCGGGGACGCGGGGCGCCUGCAGGUCGACCACCUGGAGCCGAUCGACUUCGCGCGGCACCGCACGAUCCCGCUCGCGAAGUACAUCUACGAGGGCAGCGAGGCCGGGAAGGCGCAUGCGGUCAACGGCGCGGCGGGUGCAACCCCCGCCAAGGCGAAGGCGACCCCCAGCAAGCAGGCCAAGGCCCCGGCGCCCGCCGACGAGGUGCCCGACUCGUGGGACGACGACGACGACGACGACGCGGGCGGCGCGAACGGCGCGCCGGCGGUCGUGGAGCCCGCCGAGCUGGACUCGUGGGAGGACCUGGACGGCGACGACGUGCAGCCCGCGGUGCCGGGGGUCGAGGCGGACUCGUGGGAGGACCUGGACGAGGACGACGUGGCGCCGAGCAAGCCCGCGGAGAAGAAGCCCGCGCCCCCCUCGGCUGCGGAGGUGUCGCACGGGGGGGAGUUCCCGCGCACGUUCAACAAGGCGGCGCACAGCCACAAGCUGCGGCCGCUGAUGGACCGCGAGAUCAAGUCGAACAACUACCGGCAGAACCAGCAGAAGCAGCUGGAGCAGAUCGAGGCGAUGGCGCGCUCGCUGGCGCCGCUGGAGGGCCGCAAGCUGAGCGCGCUGCACCACUUCCACCCCGAGGAGCCGGUCAAGCGGUGGGGGGAGCACCCGACGAUGGGGCAGGCGAGCAAGACGAACAAGCACGUGGUGACGGCGCGCGCGACGGCGGAGGUCGAGGAGGAGGUGCAGAAGCUGGAGCAGAAGCUGCGCGUGCAGUGGCAGCCCGCGCGGAUGCUCGCGGAGCUGGACUCGAUGCCCGCGACGACGGUGCCUGCGCGGGUGCUGCGCGACGGGCAGUGGGUGGCGCUGCGCGGCAAGGUCGAGAACGGCGCCGUGUCGGACGCGGACAUCCUGUGGCGCGGGCUCUCCAUCAUCCAGCUCGCGAUCGACGGGUGCGCGGGCAAGUCGCUCGAGGCCGUCACGCGCAGCACCGUGUCCGCGGAGCUCCUCAAGUCCGGCUCCUGCGCGGAGGCCCUGGCCAAGAUCCGCUCCACGCUGCAGGCCCACGGGUUCGGCAGCGUGCUCCAGCAGCUGGACGCCGUCCUGGGCGACCUGGCGCCGCGGAAGCUGCUCGCGAAGGAGCCGCAGGAGGUGUCGCGCGUCGUGCGCGCCGCGAUGACCGCGGAGGAGGCGGACGCAGACCGCCUGGCGCGCCUGCAGAUGGGCGAGCUGGGCUACAAGCUGCCCCGGAACCUCGGGAACGCGCCGGACCCGCACGGGCGCGUCGCGUUCCGCCCGGACCCGUGGCAGCGCGACCUGCUGGACGUGGUGGACCGCCGGCAGUCGGCCAUCGUGGUGGCGCCCACGUCGGCGGGCAAGUCGUUCAUCUGCUACUACUGCAUCGCCAGCAUGCUGCGGUACCACCCGAAGCGCGCGAAGAAGUACGAGGACCCCGAGGCGAAGCGCCUCGCCGCGCAGCCGGACCCGCCGCUGUGCGUGUACGUGGUGCCCACCAAGGCGCUGGCCAUGCAGGUCAUGGCCGACCUCGUCGCGCAGUUCGGCGAGGCGCGCAACGAGAUCGUCGCGGGGCUGUGGGACCGCGACAUGCGCAUCAACGAGAACGCGUGCCGCUGCCUGGUCACCGUCCCCGAGAUGCUCCAGCUGAAGCUGCUCAACCCCGUGCAGGGGCCGGCGUUCGCCGCGCGCCUCCGCUACGCCAUCCUCGACGAGAUCCACUGCAUGGACAAGGACCGCGCCGCGUACCAGCGCGUCCUGCAGGCCAUGGACUGCCCCAUCCUGGCCAUCUCCGCCACCAUCGGCAACCAGCAGGAGCUCGUCGACUGGGUGCGCGGCCUCAAGGGGCCCGGCCCGGGCCUCUCCACCGUCGUCCGCGCGGACGGCCAGCCGCCCGUCGUGCAGGUCCCCGGCUCGAUCGAGAUCACGUCGGGCGCCGAGCUACGCCCCGAGGAGCGCGCCGCCGUCGCGCGCAGCCUCGGCACGUCGAUGCAGGAGGUCGCCGCCAUGAAGCAGCUCCCGGAGCCCUUCGUGCGGGACCGCGUGCCGGAGCGGUGGGUCCAGCUCGACUACCUGUCGUACCAGAGCGGGGGGCUCCUCGACGAGAUGCACCCGCUCGCCGCGCACCGCCUCCCGGAGCUGUCGCGGCUGCUGAAGCGCGCGCCCGCGGGGGCCAUCGCGCGCACGCUGUCCCCCCGGAGCGGCCUGCAGCUGCUGGACGCCAUGGUCAAGGCGGGCGUGGACCCGGGGGAGCGCGCCAGCACCGUGAUGGGCGAGACCGCGUGGGGCGUGCCGCAGACGGUGGUGCUCACGCGGCCCGAGGCGCGCGGGCUGUGCGAGCGGCUGCUCGACCGGCUGCGCGAGGUGGACCAGGACACGCUGGCGCGCGUGGUGUCGCACCUGCCCGGGGUGCUGUCCGAGGAGCGCAGCGCGGAGCACGACCCGAUCGACCCGAGCAGCGAGGACGCGACCACGAGCGACGCGUACCAGUACCGCGAGAUGGCCGGGCUGAUCGACGCGCUGCACAAGCGCGACCUCCUGCCAGCGCUGGUGUUCUCGUACGCGCAGUGGAAGGUCGACGACUUCCCGCGCGCGAUCAUCGCGUCCCGGCGCGCGCUCCUGACGCCCAAGCAGAAGAAGAAGGUCGUGGAGCUGGAGGCGGCGGCGUGGGAGGCCACGCGGGCGUUCAACGCCUUUUUGUCCAAGCCGCAGCUGUACCGGCAGGACAACGCCGAGACGGACUACGAGGAGCGCGCGGACCCGGAGAGCGAGCGGCUGGCCGAGGCGAUGACGGCGGCGUGGCAGGAGCUGGUGCUGCUCGAGGGCGGCGGGGCGCGCGUGCCCGACAUCACGGGCGAGCUCACGCGCACCAACCUGCAGAAGUACCUGGACCGGGCCUGCGACGAGGAGUCGCGCUACCACCAGCUCCACGGGUACCUCAUGCGCGGGUUCGGGUCGCACCACGGCGCCCACAAGUACGACUACCGCGUGCUGGUCGAGAACCUCUUCCGGCGCAAGGCGCUGCGGGCGGUGUUCUGCACCUCCACGCUCGCAUACGGUAUCAACAUGCCGUGCCGCACGGCGGUCGUCUGCGGGGACUCCCCCUACCUGACGGUGCUGGACUUCCAGCAGGUGUCGGGGCGCGCGGGCCGCCGUGGGAUCGACGACCGCGGCGCGUGCGUGUUCUUCGCGCUCGGCGACCGCCGCGUGCGCCAGCUCAUGACCUCGAGCCUCCCGCCCCUGCGCGUCGGCAUCGCGAUGACCGCCUCGGUCGUGCUCAGCUCCCUGGCCCUCUGCGACCCCUCGUGGAACGGCGCCGCCGACGGGCAGCCGGGCCACGCGCAGCUCGAGCGCGCCGCCAAGCUCCUCACCGCGCCGCUGCAGUCCACGGGCCGCCCCACGGUCCGCCGCGAGUGCGAGGAGCACUUUGCCUACAUGUGCGAGUACCUCCUCCAGCGCGGGCUGGUGGACCGCGCGGGGCACGUGGACCGCUCCAUGGUCUUCCUGCUCUACCUCUGGUGGCAGGACCCGGACAACUUCCUCCUCCACCGCCUCGUCGCGCCGCUGCUGUCGGAGGACGACGCCGGCAGCGCGGGGUCGCUCAUCCGGCGCCUGACCGAGGCCAGCGAGCCCGCGCAGCAGAUCCGCGGGAUCCCCAAGAACGACGCCGCGCUGCCGAAGAAGAAGGCCGAGCGCCAGCAGUUCGAGGCCGAGCGGCGCGGCACCCCGCGCGGCAAGAUCAACGCCGAGUGGCGCACGCUCAAGGCGCCCUGGACGGCGCUCUUCCAGGCCCGGUACACGCCGUCCGCGAACCGCCUGGUCGAGUUCCUCAUCGACGACCGCGAGCUCUUCGAGCACCUCCGCGCCACCGGCGAGCUCAUCCCGGGCAUUGGCGUGUGCGUCCAGGAGACCAAGGAGGGGUCCGCGACGGUGAUGCAGGGCUGGCUCGUGCUGCGCGGCCGCGCGGAGCAGCCCGCCGCGGUGCGCAGCAACCUGCAGCGGAUGAUGCGGUGCCUCGCGUGCCUCGCGAACCGCGUCGAGGUGACGGAGCGCGCGCUGAAGCGGCUGCGGGGCGCGGGCGCGGACAGCGAGGCCGAGCAGAUGAAGCGGCGCAUCCUGCUGCGCGAGCAGUUCCGCGAGGACGACGCCCUCGAGGACCUGCGCCAGAUCGACGAGCUGUUCGCGGGGCACAACGACGACGCGCGCAACGUGGCCCUGCAGUGCAUGCUGGCGGCGUCCACGGAGCUCGGGCCCGCGGACGUCCGCCUGCCGCUGUCGCAGGCCGCGCCCACGCAGCAGGGCGACGCGGGCGAGGGCCCGGGCGCCGCGAUGCACCCGUUCAGCCGCAUGACGGGCCACGGCGCGCAGUUCGGGUCGCUCUCGCACGUGCGCCGCAAGCUGUCGCACAAGCUGUCGCUGCACGAGGGGUCGAUGCCGUACGUGGAGCCGCACGGGGACCGCGCGAGCGCGUACGUGUCGACCUUCUUCCGCAUCCCCUCGGUGAAGCUGCUGGUCGAGGAGGCCAUGGUGGCGCAGAAGGACGAGGACGCGUGGGCGAUGCUGGACGAGUUCGGGAAGACGCUCAAGGCGACGGUCAGCGGGAUGCUGCAGGUCCUGGGCAACAUCGGGCUGUCCUGGAUCAAGGACAAGGCACAGCACUGGAAGGUGCGCGCCGUGCUGAUGCUGGCCUACACCAGCGCCGAGUUCGAGGUCGUCAAGUGGGCGCCGAACGACAGCGCGUCGCUCAAGCCGUUCUAG